UCAAUCAGGAACGAGACAGCAGCUGCUUCCUUUGCGAGCACCGGCCCCGUGUCUCUCUCCCCUUCUUUUCCCAGCUUCGCCGUAGAUACCACUACUACUUCUGCUACUGUCUCUCUCUCUCUCGCCUUCGUGGGGCCCUCGGCGUUCCCCCAAUUCGUCGCCAGGGCAGCGGAGGAGGACGACACCACGAAAAGCAACGCAUCGUUCCUCUUUUUCUUCCUUCUCGAUUUGAUUUGAACUUGUGUCCCUUCGCUCUCCCUUCUCUCUCUCUCUCGUUGUCUCGCUCGUUUCCCCCUCCUAUUCUCCACCGGCUUCCCGUGACGACUCCUCUCUUCCAUUCCAUUUCGUCUCCAAUCUCCUCCGAGCGUCGGGAUCGAGGAAGGAGCAUCGCAUUAUAUCGUGGGAGAAGAGGCGAGGGCUUCGUCGGCUUCAUCUUCGCUGCUUCAUCCUUUUCUUCGUUCGAGGGAGGGGGAUGGCUUCCGGGAGCUUCAGGAACGGAGGCCCCAAGCUUACCUCCAAGCUCGACCGCCAGCCGUCCUCCGCCGCCUACUCCACGCCCAAGCCCUCCUCCAAGUCCAGGCCCUCCGCCGCCCCCGCCUCUCGCCGUGGUGGCUCCGUGGCUCCUGCCGCUGCCCACUCCGCUAGCAAGGCCGGCGGCGAUGCCGGAGUUCCUGGAAGGGUUCGAGUGGCUGUAAGACUCCGGCCUCGAAAUGCAGAGGAGAUGAUAGCAGAUGCUGAUUUUGCUGACUGUGUCGAGUUGCAGCCUGAGCUUAAAAGGUUAAAGCUCCGCAAGAACAAUUGGGAGUCAGAAACCUAUGAGUUUGAUGAGGUGCUGACAGAAUUUGCCUCACAAAAACGUGUGUAUGAAGUUGUUGCAAAACCGGUUGUGGAGAGUGUUCUGGAGGGGUAUAAUGGUACAGUUAUGGCCUAUGGACAGACAGGUACCGGGAAGACUUUUACUCUUGGAAGGCUUGGGGAGGAAGACACUGCUGCACGAGGCAUUAUGGUCCGUGCAAUGGAAGACAUUCUUGGAGAUAUGUCUCCGGAGACUGAUUCUGUCUCCGUGUCAUAUUUACAGCUAUAUAUGGAAAGCAUACAGGACCUUCUUGUUCCUGCAAAUGACAACAUAGCCAUUGUAGAAGAUCCAAAGACUGGGGAUGUUUCACUGCCAGGGGUGACCACUGUAGAACUCAGAGAUCAGAAAAGCUUUAUGGAGCUUUUAAGAUUAGGAGAAGCUCACAGGUUUGCUGCUAAUACAAAGUUGAACACAGAAUCAUCUCGGAGCCAUGCUAUUCUAAUCGUUAAUGUCAAGAGGUCAGUUAAGGGAAGGCAUGAUGCCGAUCAAAGUUUUCAUGGAGAGAAUGGGACUUCUUCCACCAUGGUGACAUCUUUUAGACCACCCAUAGUUAGAAAAAGCAAGCUUGUUGUCGUGGAUCUUGCUGGUUCGGAGAGGAUUGACAAGUCAGGAAGCGAGGGACAUACACUGGAAGAAGCAAAGUCAAUUAAUCUUUCACUAAGUGCUUUAGGCAAAUGCAUUAAUGCACUUGCUGAAAAUAGUCCUCACGUUCCAGUUCGUGAUUCCAAGUUGACUAGGCUGCUUCGAGAUUCAUUUGGAGGCAGUGCAAGGACUUCGUUAGUGGUGACGAUUGGACCUUCUCCUCGACACAGAGGAGAGACUUCAAGCACCAUAAUGUUUGGACAAAGAGCAAUGAAGGUGGAGAACAUGGUGAAACUAAAGGAGGAAUUUGAUUAUAAAAGCCUGUGCAGGAGGCUUGAUAUUGAACUUGAUAAGUUAAUUGCAGAAAAUGAAAGGCAAAGAAAAGAUUUUGAAGAUGAGAUUGAGAGGAUAAGAACAGAAGCAGACAGCCGUAUUGCUGAAGCCGAAAGAAGCUAUACUAAUGCUCUUGAGAAUGAGAGACUGAAGUGCCAACAAGAUUAUAUGGACUCAAUAAAGAAGCUUGAGGAGAAGUGGAUGUCUGAUGUGGAGAAAGCCAGAGCAGAGCACCAGGAUGCGUGUCUAGAAAAGGAAUGUAACAAGGAGGCUCCAACAUCUAGCUCAGAUGAAAUUGCCGAAGUCAGACAGUUACUUGAGAGUGAAAAGCUUAUGCGACAAUCUUCUGAAGAUGAGGUUAGCAACCUUAAAAGUGAAGUAUCACAUUGGAAAAAUUUGGAGGCUGCUGGCAAUGCUGAAAUUAUGAAGCUUCGCAAGAUGCUGGACAGCGAAGCCAAUCAGAAACAGAAGCUUGAAGAAGAAAUAGCAAUACUAAAAAGUCAAUUGUUGCAGCUAAGUCUUCAAGCUGAUGAGACGAGGAGGAGUCUUGACAGAGGUGGGUCUGGGAAAGUCUUAACUGGAUUUGAUUCCCUUGUAUCACAAGCUAGACAUUCACAGCUUAGAGACUCAGCAAAUGGACCUAAGGCCUCAAUAGCUAAACUUUUUGAACAAGUGGGUUUGCAAAAAAUAUUGUCAUUGCUUGAAUCAGAAGAUCCUGAUGUUCGAGUUCAUGCAGUGAAAGUUGUAGCAAACCUGGCAGCUGAAGAAGCAAACCAGGAAAAGAUUGUAGAAGCUGGUGGUCUUACAUCACUGCUAAUGCUUCUAAGAAGUUCGGAGGAUGAAACUAUACGUAGAGUAGCAGCUGGUGCAAUCGCCAACCUUGCAAUGAAUGAAACCAACCAGGAGCUUAUAAUGGCUCAAGGUGGCAUUACCUUGUUAUCUAUUACUGCUGCUGAUGCUGAGGACCCUCAAACACUAAGAAUGGUUGCUGGUGCCAUUGCUAAUCUAUGUGGAAAUGAUAAGUUGCAGAUGAGGCUUAGUGGAGAAGGUGGGAUUAAAGCCUUGCUAGGUAUGGUUAGGUGUGGACACCCUGAUGUUCUUGCACAAGUUGCACGUGGCAUUGCAAACUUUGCGAAGUGCGAGUCUCGAGCUUCUACUCAAGGAAAUAAGGCAGGUGUAUCCCUCUUAAUCGAAGAUGGAGCUCUUCCUUGGAUUGUAAAAAAUGCCAACCAUGAAGCUUCACCAAUAAGACGCCACAUUGAGCUUGCAUUAUGCCACUUGGCGCAACAUGAAGUCAAUGCAAAGGAUAUGAUCAGGGAAGGAGCCUUGUGGGAACUAGUUCGCAUCUCACGUGAUUGUUCACGAGAGGAUAUCCGGAUGCUGGCCCACAGAACUCUGAUUUCAAGUCCUACUUUCCAAGCAGAACUAAGGCGAUUACGCAUUGAAUUUUAAGAUGUAAAAGAUGGCCUGCCUCAUGGAUGGUGUGACGGGCGCAGUGCAGCUGGUCGAUCGUGAGAGCUUCAUAUUUCACUAAGAGUCAUGGAAACAAAGUAACAAAAAGUGUCGCCUAGAUUCAGCUUACUCCAUCAGUAGAGUGGGGAUCAGAUCAAACCAGUGGUUCACGAAGCUUUCAUCGUUGGACGAGAGAAUUCAAGAUUUCUUGCCAUUGAUCAUUGUUUGUUCAUCAUUGUGAUAGUAAAACCCGAUCUGCCUACACUGUACAUGUGUUUGUUGGGCAGGGUAAAUAGGGUGUGAAGAAUAACUGAGGUGGUUUUGAGUAAGUGAAAGAUUGAACCUCAGUGGCCACUGAAAGUAUCGAUCCGCCCGGCACCUGUAUUGAUUGGAUAAAUUAACUGGUUCUUGGGAUUUUGACAACAGUUUGCCUCCAUUUUUAUUUUA